AUGACACAUUUAAGUGUCUACGGAGGUCUCUUCUCUGACCCACCGCUCAUCUCCACCGAUGCGGACGCGAAGAAGACAGAUCCGUACAACAAGAUGGACACCAUUCCAUCGCGUUACUUGGGUAAGGGGUUAGGCAUAGGCCGCGGACCCAAAGGGCAGAACCCGGAGGUUUUCUUCGACAAGACGUAUCUCACACUUGCCUCCCCUGAGCAGAACAAGAACAAGGACUUGGGCAUGUUUGAAGAUUUUGCUACCCGCACCCUCCGUGAGGCAAUGGAGGCAAAGAAAAAGAACAUUUCAACAAAGGAGUUUUUACCGCCGUCGUUCCCAAAGAGCAGCGACGGCCCUGGCAGCUACACUGGCUGCUUUCAGUCUCGAGCGUACGAGUUCAUCAUGCCGGGUGAAGAGGACGGCAAAAAAAAACGGCGCCAGCGGAAGCAAGCUGCAGAGUCUGACGCUGCCGGCGGCAAGUCCAGCCUUCCCAAUGUCAAGACAAACCCAUCAAAGAAGGGCACGUACGGCUACCCGGGGCUUCUUCUGGAUAAUGCGAAGUACAAUGAGAAUUGGCGACGGGAGUAUGAUGAGUGGGAGGCGGCAGCUGCGAAACAUCGGAAGAAGAAUCCGCCGUUGGAGCCGAUGGGACCGCCGUUCAAGGCCUCGGGCGUUUCACACGACUACUUGGACGAGCUCCUCGCCACAGGCGUCUCAGCUGUGUAUCAUUACGAGCCAGUGGAGGAGAAGCCGUCGAAGCGGAAGAGGCGCGCCAAACCCGCGAAGGUAGUGACGGUGCUUGAGCAGGAGAAACCGAUGUUCUUCCAGUGGCAAAGGUCCGGAGAGGAGGGCUGUAUUGGCAAAUUCCCCAACACCUGGAUCGACCCCGUUGCGGCAGAAGAGGCGCGCAACAAGGGGAAAAAACGGAGACACAGAAAACAGAAGCCCGAAUACGUUCCCGGGCCUCCAAAGGGUGCGAGCGGGAUUUGGAGGCCCAAUUCGUACCCUGACACAACAGUGGUGCAGUCUUGUCUUCGCCGCUUCUACUGA